UAAAUACAUCCAAUUUAAAUAACAUUCUUUUCUUUUCCUUUUCCCUUCUAUUUUCUUCUUCCAUGCUUCACACCGUCUUAACACCAAAGAAAAUUUAUCACCAUUCUCUUUCCUUUUCUUAGCAUCCAACUUCAUGCCUUGUCCACUAAAACACUUAGAAUUAAUCAUUUCAUUUUUAGUCCUUAAUUAGUCAUCAAAAGCCAUCAUCAUCAUCAUCAUUAUCUUGCAGUCCAAAAGGUUAUGUCUAUUAUAGGAACAUAUUCACAUUUUCUAUACAAAGAAGUUUAUCAUAGAGAUGAACAGUGUAUUCCUCAGUGCUUUGCAAGUGGCAGGGAUUCUCUGUUAUGUCGCAAGAGUUGUUUUGGGAACAUAAUAAGGAUUGAAAAACAAAAGAAGAUUAGAAGGAAGAAUUUACGUGUGGAAGCUAUGUGGCCAGAUUUGUCAAGACCAAGUUCAGUAGAAAUGGAAGCAAUUCAUGAUUCUGAACAGCUUGAUCAAAUUCUUGUUCAUGCUCAACAAAAUUCUGAGCCUAUUCUUAUUGACUGGAUGGCUGCUUGGUGCCGGAAAUGCAUCUAUUUGAAACCAAAGUUGGAAAAAUUAGCUGCUGAAUUUGACACCAAAGCCAAAUUUUAUUAUGUGGAUGUCAAUAAAGUACCUCAGACAUUAGUCAAGCGUGGCAAAAUCUCUAAAAUGCCAACAAUUCAGCUUUGGAAAGAUGGAGAGAUGAAAGAAGAAGUGAUUGGAGGCCAUAAGGGCUGGCUAGUCAUUGAAGAAGUCAGAGAAAUGAUCCAAAAUUAUAUAUGAUGUCUUCUAAUUUAUUUCUUUCAUUACUCCCUCCCUCUCUCUCCAAAAUACCUAAAAAUGUAUGUUAAGAAAGUAAUCUUCUAAUAUUUUUAUUGUAAUUGCGUAUCAUAUAUAUAUAUAAAACAAAGAGGUUUACUUUCACCACCUACAUUGUUAAUCAUUAUAAAA